CCAAAUAAUGUCAGUCCACCCAGCUGACCUGUAUCACAGGGAUGAAGCAGCAGCUAUUAUCGAUGCGAUUCUUGUGAUUUUGACCUUGACCUUAGAUGUGCUAUGCAUCCUCAAUUUGUUGCUCAGGAGUUUCAAAAGCUUCAACAUUUUAGCCACGAUCAUCCAUUGAUACUUGUUGAAGAUAUUGAAAUUCAAACCAAAGAAGAAGUCUGCUCAGGAUGUUGGGAAAACAUGUACAAGUCAAGUCCAUUCUACUGCUGUCCCAAUUGCAUAUUUUACUUUCACAAGAAAUGUGCAGAGUUGCCUCUUAAGAUCAAUUGCUCUGCCCACCGGAAACACCCUCUAAAGCUUUUGGCCAAACCCCCACCACAUCAAGAGAAAUGUUCUUGUUAUUUGUGCACCAAGUCUUAUGAGGGAUUUGUUUAUUAUUGUUCUGUUUGUAAGCUUGAUUUCAAAGCUGCGGAUGCUUUUUUGGAAACAAUUACAGCUGCAAUUCAUGAACAUCCGUUGAACCCUAUUUCAGGCACAAUUUUGUUCGUCUGUAAUGCAUGUGGAACGCAUGGAAGUCAUGUUUGCUUUACAUGUGGUGAAUUCAGCCUUAUUAUUCAUACAGAUUGCACUUCACUUCGCCGCACCAUCAAAAUAAUAAGGCAUCCACAUCGACUUUCUCACAUCUAUUUCUUUCAAGAUGAGGAGGAAGCUGGAAAACGUGAAUGCAAUAUUUGUCAUGAUGACAUAAAUCUGGGAUAUGGGAGCUACUGCUGUGCAGAUUGCAACUAUUUUGCUCAUGUAAAUUGUGCAAUUGAUAAAGAUCUUUUGUAAGAUGAAGAGUCCAAACUAUCAGAUGACUUGACUGCUAUCUCUCCUGCUUUUCAGGAAAUCAAACCUGGAGAGAUAAAGCAUUUCAGCCAUAAACACAACUUAAUAUUGAGUGAUGAUGGGGUUGAGGAUGGCCAAAGUUGUGAAGGUUGCAUGCGUUCCAUCUCUACUUCAU